CAUGACAUGAUGAAACAGGUGUAAAAACUUGUAUUAUUGUCCACAAAAUAUAGUUAAAUAGUUGUCACAUGCUUUUAUCCUUUCUAUAGAAUCAUUUUCUGACUUUUUAUGAUUUAAACCAUUGAUUUGUUUAUUUGAUUGGACAAAGUGAUAAAACCCUCCGGGGUUCAAACAGACACAAUGCUUUGUGAAGGCACAAGAAAUCAAUUUAUAUAUAAAUAUAUAGGACUGUGAAAUUUAAAUGACUGCUUUUGCAUUAUUAACUAAAAGGAUAAUUAUGACUCGAGAAAUAUCCUCUGCUUUGCUUUAUUUCAACAUCCACUCAGAGUCCACGUCAGGGCCAUUUUUCUUCUGUUUCCUGUGAAUCGUAUUAAUUUCACCUUUAAUGAGGAGAUGUGUUUCUGUGGAUCAACUAUGAAGGAUUCCAGCAGGGAAAUCUGAGUGAAUGUGGUUAAACAAAGCCAAUCAGCCCAGUGUGUUGAUUCACAUCAUGUGGGUGACAUUUGGAUGAAACAGAAGUGGGCUCUGGAGUGAGUGGAUUAGAGGUCACGCGCCAGUGUCAGUUCAAACCGACAGAAGAAGUGUUGGGAAUUCCUAGAACGGAAUACUUUUUUAAGCACAAAAUGUAUUUUCAUUAUUAGAGAACUUAACUGUUCCUCACUGAUGGGCACCCAAACUCGGAUGUUCUGCAGAGCGGCAUGUCUGCGCUCUGAAUUCAAAUGUAUUACUAGAAAAGCACGCUCACGUGCACAUUUCAUCCAUGUAAAUGCACACAGGCGCUGCUGGCAGACGUGCGUAAAAUCCAUCAGGUGUCCAGGCAUGCGUUUCGGAGAGCGUCUUGCGCUCUCUCGUGGAUGCGUUUGCGCACUGAGCUCUCGGGCAGUUUCAUCGAGAGAACGGGAGCUUUCGGAGCACAUAUGGGGCUGCUGAGCGCAGCCUCCACUGGUCUGGCACCUGUUGCUGCUUUAUCACUUUUUAGCGUCAUCACGUGGAGGAUUUAACGACAUCAGCACCAUGUCGGAGGAGGAAUCUGACUCUAACUCCACGAGCUACUAUUUCGACAAUCCCUCAACAAGAGUCCAGCGCAGCUUUGUGUUCUCUGGACCCAUGUUUGUCGUCUUGACGGUGAUGAUGGUGACUUUGGUUGUUGUGAUAGUUCUGGGCAACGCGCUGGUUAUUUUGGCUUUUAAAGUGGACAAGAGUUUGAGGAGACAAUGCAAUUACUACUUCUUGAAUUUGGCAAUCUCAGAUUUUCUUGUAGGUGCAUUCUGCAUCCCCGUCUACAUCCCCUACAUCCUGACAGGCAGGUGGACGCUGGGUCGAGGGCUGUGCAAGCUGUGGCUGGUCACUGAUUACUUGCUCUGCUCAGCGUCCGUCUUCAGCAUCGUGCUCAUCAGCUACGACCGUUUCCUCUCAGUCACCAGAGCAGUGAGCUACCGUGCCAGACAGAGCAUGACUCAUCAAGCCAUAAUCAAGAUGAUUGCAGUCUGGGUGUUGGCCUUUGUCCUGUAUGGGCCAGCCAUCAUAUUCUGGGAGCUGGUGAUGGGUAGGAGCCGCGUGCCGAAGGACGAGUGCUUUGCAGAGUUCUAUUACUCUUGGUACUUCCUGCUGAGUGCCUCCAUGCUGGAGUUUUUCUCUCCUUUCAUCUCUGUGGCUUUCUUCAACCUCAGCAUUUACCUCAAUAUACGCAGGAGGAGGCUCCACCACAGGGAGGCCCAGCUUCAGCUACAGUCAAGUGAACCCACCUCUACCCAGGGGAAAGGCGUCACCCUGUCCCACAACUGGGGAGUUGGAGUGAAACUGCGAGGCUCCGUAAACUCCCAGACCUCCUCUCCGUGUUUGGGUAAACUGGAUUCCUCCACCAGCAGGUCUGCUCAUUCAAGCCGUCUGUCCAGGGAUAAAAAAAUUGCCAAGUCCCUGGCCAUCAUAGUUUGUGUGUUUGCCAUCUGCUGGGCACCUUACACCCUACUGAUGAUCAUCCGUGCCGCCUGCAGAGGGCAAUGCAUCCAACACCACUGGUAUGAGGUCACCUUCUGGCUCCUGUGGCUCAACUCUGCCAUUAACCCCUUCCUGUACCCUCUGUGCCACAGUAGCUUUCGGCGGGCUUUCAGUAAGAUUCUCUGCCCAAAGCGGUACACAACUUCCCCGUCGUCUGUCCUACGUGUCGGUCAGUGACCAUCAAAUUCACCUUCAUGUACGAACGCUAUCAGAACUAUUAAAAUAUAACCUGAAACUCAUUAUGGAGCACCAUCUUUAAACGUGCUCUUUCAGUGUUUGGAUGAUAUGUACGCUUGUGUAUCCUUUUGUCACAGUUUUGUGUAUUCAGCAUGAGAUUUUAAUCCCACAAACAGGAUUAUCAUAAUUUGUAGAAGUGAGGAAGUGAAGGUAUCGUGCAUCACUUGUGCUAAAACUGUAUUUUAUUAUAAUACAGUUGUAAGAAUCUUUAUUAUUUGUUUAUAAUUUGAUAUCCAGAAAAAACAUUACACCGGUUGUUAAAAGUGUUGGCCUCAGUGUGGUGGUCUUUCUUCAGCUGGUUUAAAACAGAUCAACACCACCCUCUGCUGUUGGGAAGUUUCCAUAUCUCUAAUUGACAGGGAUGGAAACAUAACUGAUCAUUGUGUUUAAAUGUAAAAAACAAAAUAUGAUGUCAAAACCAAACAUUUUUUGCCAAUUUCCCCCCAAAUACACUUUAGUAACAUACUUUUACAUUUUAUUCACUUCUAAAAGCGUAUUUAUCCACAGUUAAUAAAAAAAUAGUCCUAAGAUAUUUUAUUCAUUUCAAACCUUGUAUUAAUUUGUAAAAAUUACAUGAUUUUAUUUGAAAACCGUGCAAAAUACAUUUUUAUUGUAACAGGCAGGUGCAUGUAACCUUUUAGACCACCAGAUGUCACCACAAACCUUCCUUGUGUGAAGUCAAAAUUAGAACUUCUCAUCAUUUUUAACACUUUAGGUUAUUUAAGUGUGGAUUUGUUUGUUUUGUCUUUUAUUUUUCACUUAAACGAGUCAACCCAUGGCUUUAUCCUCACUAGUCUAUAAAACAUGAAUGCUGCAUUCAAUUGCAACCUGUAUAAUUAGUAUGCUUAAUAACAUUUGUUUAACAGUUUUUGAAAACAGUUUUAACGAAUUUAUUUGGUUUUGAUAAAAAUAUCCUGCAAAAAUGCUUUUGUUUUAUUUUACAGAGGAGAAUUUAAGGAACAAACAAAAAAAGCUCAUCUGUCUCAACAGCAGCAGAUGAUCUUUAUGCACACUGUGAAAUACAUCCGAUGGAUUUCUUCUGCUUCACUGUAAAUGACCGUAUUGUGUCCUGUUGUUGCUGGAUUAGUGCCAAACAUUGAGCAGCUUUUGUUUAAUGUGCACAUAAAAAGCUGAGAGUGCAAUAUUGUUUUUUUGUCCUGUUGUUUCUGUGUCUGUUGGCUUGAUUUGUUAAGAUUAAAUCCUUCUUUCCAGAUGCAGACUUGUAAGCUUUGUAAUUACGCCAUUGUGGCAGAUAGUGAGGCUGCGUUUGCAGGUGCCUCGGUCCCACCUGGGACUCGCAU